GAGGCCCGAGCCCGCCCCACCGCGGCCCCGGGAGUAACCCCGACUCCUGCCGACUCCCCGCGAGCACCAAUAUGUGUCAUGUCAUUGUCACCUGCCGCUCGAUGCUCUGGACCCUCCUGAGCAUUGUGGUGGCUUUCGCGGAGCUCAUCGCCUUCAUGAGCGCGGACUGGCUGGUGGGCAAAGCCAAGAGCCGCGGCGGCGCGGAGCCCGGCCAGCCGAGCGGCGGCCCCCCGGAGCCCUACCGCCCGACCCUGGGCAUCUACGCCCGCUGCAUCCGCAACCCCGGCGUGCAGCACGUCCCGCGCGAGACGCUGUGCGGGCCCUACGCCGAGAGCUUCGGCGAGAUCGCCAGCGGCUUCUGGCAGGCCACGGCCAUCUUCCUGGCCGUGGGCAUCUUCCUCCUCUGCCUGGUGGCCCUCGUGUCCGUCUUCACCAUGUGCGUGCAGAGCAUCCUGAAGAAGAGCAUCUUCAACGUCUGCGGGCUGCUGCAGGGGAUCGCAGGCCUGUUCCUCAUCCUCGGCUUGAUACUCUACCCUGCCGGCUGGGGCUGCCAGAAGGCCGUUGCCUACUGUGGACACUAUGCAUCGGCCUACAAACCUGGAGACUGCUCCCUGGGCUGGGCCUUCUAUACCGCCAUCGGUGGGACAGUCCUCACCUUCAUCUGUGCCAUCUUCUCCGCACAAGCAGAGAUCGCAACCUCCAGUGACAAAGUACAGGAGGAGAUUGAAGAGGGAAAAAACCUCAUCUGCCUCCUUUAACUUAGAAGAGACGUUAGUGCCAUUUCCUUCCUUGUGUAACCUUGUGAAAGUCCACCUCUGGCUUCGCCGUUUGAGUCAAGUGAAGAACUAGCCUUUACCUACCAAAAGCCACAUUCCACAGCCCUGAGCCUUAACAGGACCAGUGAGGAGCAACAUCCAGCAAGCAAAGUGACUGCACACAAGGGCCACAGCAUGAACUAUAAGGGACGGAACAGGAAAACAGUGCAUAAACCCUGACGUGUAGUUGGCAAGUUCUGUCGGACCGCUUCUCCCUCAAGGCUCAGCGAAGGAUGCUGAUCUCAACCAUGAAAGCAGCGUUUCUCUGGCCACAGAAGCGGCUGUUAGCCGGAUUCGCUGGCUGCUCUGAGGUGUGUUUCUGCCACACGGCUGUCAGCCUGUGAGCUUCAGCAUGAGGUGUGGGGUUUUUGUUUCCUCCUGGUUUGUUCAUGGCAUCUCAGUUGGAGACUACAAUGAAGACUACACACUUACUGGGGAUAGGAUGGGCGAUAAAGGGCAUAGCAAGACCCGACCUCUGGCUUAGCUCACAAAGAGGUCUGGCAGGAACUGUGGAAUCCUGGUGUGGAACUUAGUCGAGGAUGAAUUCCAGGGCCAGGUGAAUCAACUGAACUGUCACUCCAAGAUUAAAGAAUAAGGACCCGUAAAAUCAUGAGAAUAAAGUACAAAAUCCUGCUAGUGGGGACAAACCCAUUCUGCUUCCCAGCAGCCAGGCUAGCACCAGUACCGGCCCAGGCUCCUCCUGUACCAGAGAUCAUGUCUUUGUCUGAGGGCUGGGACUGCACAAACUGCCAACGGAAACCUCACUGUUUCCUCAUUCCAGGGACAAAGGUCUCCCAGCUGCGGCUCCCUCAGAUGUUCUCUGGGAGCACCUCAGCACUUGUGGGGAGACCUCCCACUGUUUGGUAACCAUGCUGUAGUCACCUAUAUUUUCAACCCCAGCAGCAGCAUAAAAAAAGGAGCUAAUCAUGGGACUUAAGUUUUUCUAGUUACUGGUGUUUGGCAGACUGAAAUUAUAUCAAAUUGCUGCAAAUGGCGAGUUGUAUCAAAGGCUUCGUUCCCAGGAAAAGAGAGGAGAAAGUUAAUGCAAAAAGAGACAGCUAGACUGAACUCGUAGCACCUGCCUAUACCUGUUUACAAAAAGAAUCAACUACCACUGUUAAAAAGGGUUUAGGUGCUUUUAAUCUAGUUUCUAUAAAUUACCAAUACAACUGAUUCAGGAAAAUGGUAUUAGCUAUCACCUCAAGCUUACUUUGGAAUGAUCACAGUAGCCAGAAAGAGCCUAGUCUGGUAUUUCUCUGAGGUCAGAGUUGCAGAAUGAUACAGAAACACUCCAUAGCAACCAUAGCAACUUAUGCAAGUGGAACGGACCUGCCAGAUUUCUGGAAGGAUUAGGUCUCUGGGUUUAUGAAUCUGCUUAUCUGAGGGCUUGCUUCAUUUUGAAAAUGUAACAUAAUUGCUCACCUUGUUUGGGCAAAGUAUUGUGUGCUAAGUGCCAUCAGACAGAACCCCGAUUCAGAUUUCACAGACUUGCCCAAAGUGAGUCCCUUAGAGCUGUGUGAGUCUAACCAUACCUGGCUGCAGAAAAACUAAGUGCUCUAUAUGUCAGUGGAGUGGAACAACUAGUGUCUUACUCUCUUCUUGCCCAUGGCCUCUACUGGAAUCCAUCUAGGGUGUGGAAUCAGGCUUUAAUGAGUUCACCAUUCUUAGUCCAAAGUUCAGUUUGCAGCCUAGGCUAAGGGCUCAGGAAACAUUACCCCUAUCUCUGACACCACUCAGAAACAGGUUAUGGCAGCCACAGGACCGGGAUCCUGCACCUGAUGGAGCGUGUCUAUGCUCUAACCAAGUCCGAAUGCCACCACAGUAACUUUUCAAACCCUGGCAAUAAUUUUCAUGUAAAAAAAAGCCAUUGGCUUCAUCAGGCAAAUCAUCUUGCUAAAAACAAAUAUUUUUCUUAAGUGUAUCAUCAGAUGAUUCACUUUUUUUUUUCUGUGUAAGGCAGAGAACCCAUUUUCCUCUCACUCCUAAAGACAAGUUGCCAUGAGCCUGGAGGAUUCUUUCAGCAAGUCCCUCAUCUCUGCUGCCCAGCUGACUGCUCUUUGGCUAAGGCGGUAGUGUAUCACAAAAGUCACAAGUACAAAUGUGACCUCUCUUGGCCAGAAGAAAGUCACUUGACAGCAUCUCCUUCAUCAGUCUGAAUGCAACAGAAGACAGAAAGCACAUGCACACACAAACCCCCAAACCACUGACUUAGCAAGCAGAGUGCAGGCAGGAUAUCCAUAGCCAAGAAAGAGUAAGAGGUGUCACGCUGGGCCUCUGAGACCUUCGGUCCCUUAGCAGGCUUUGGUUGGGGUGAAUGGAACAUCUGAAAUCAGGCUACUCUAAACCAAAGCUGCGGAGCUGAUUAAAAACCACUGAAUAUGAGGAAUAUGUAGAAAGAAAUGUGUUAAAAAUAGACUGAUUGUUGACCCACACCUAUUUUUCUAAUAAAUUUCUAUCGAUCACCUAAUUGCCUCAGUCUAAAAAUCUAAUAUACCUGGACCAUUACAACUACCAGAACAGUCUUAUUUAUAUUUGCCUGCAUUUGUGCUUAAAGUUUAGUGAUGGGCUGGGCUUCUCAAUGAACUCCAAGAACGGAGAGGUACCUGCCUUGGAUUCUGUGGAUUCUUUAAACCUGUGUGCUAAUUCAACAAUGUUACAUUAAUUGUGGAAGGGUUUUUGUAUAGUUUUCAAACAGCUGUGGUGUAAUGAUCUUUGUUAAAACCUGUAUUCUGUAAAGUGCCAUAGUCUUUGUUAUGUGUAGCAUAUUUAAAUAUAUAUAUAUUAUACAUGCACAAGUCUGUGUGAAAGAUGUGCAAUAGCAAAGGUGUGUGUAUGUUUUGCUUUUUGGAAACUGGACAGGCGUCAGAACAGGCAUGGUUUCUGUUUUGGCAAAGGAGAGUUAAACAGUUUUGCCUUUAUGGCCUAGUAUUUAACCCAUAAUGAUUUUAAUGCUACACACAAACCUAUGUGAAGAAAAGACUGGUAAGAAAUCGCUUUUUUCUGGGUCUGAAUGAAAAUAAUCACUAGAUUUAUGUGAAAGGUAAGCUGGCAAGCCAGGCCCAGCUAAUGCUAGUCUUUCAUGUGAAAUGUGAAGCUGCCCUUUUGCCUUCUCUGUUAGUGAUAACUAGUAGCUGGUACAUAAUCACUAAGGAGCUAUUUUUUAACAUGCUUUGAUAGACCACGUUAAUGCUAGACCACUACUUAAGGGCUAAUCUCACACCUUCUUAGCCAUAAGAGUCUGGCUUAGAACAGACCUCUCUGUGCAAUAACACGUGGCCACUGGAAAUCCCUGGCCUGCAUUUGUAUUUGGGCAGCAAUGAAGGGCCAAAAGAAUUAAAGGCACAACUGGGAUUUCUUCUGAGACUGUGGUGAAACUCCUUCCAAGGCUGGGGGGGGUCAUUAGGUGCUUUGGAGGAACUUAGCACCACUUGAUAUUCAACAGCCACUUGAGCCAAAUAGAAAAUUGUAUUUACCACUGAUGGACUCGAUUUGAGCCUUCGAAUUUGUGGUUAUCCUAUGAUAUUGUAAACUAAUACAUUGUUUGUCUAGCAUUGAUUAGGUUCCUGUGCAUAUGUAUUUUCACAACGUACUCCCCUCCUUUCCCCAGAUCUGAAUUAAACCUGAUUUUGCAAACUCA